AUGAAGACCGAUUUCAAGUUCUCCAACCUUUUGGGGACGGUCUAUCGCAAGGGAAAUCUUCUCUUUACUCCCGAUGGAACAUGUUUGCUGUCGCCAGUAGGCAACAGGGUAUCUGUGUUUGAUCUUGUGCAAAACACUUCUUACACCCUGCCCUUUUCGCACCGUACAAACAUCGACCGUCUCGAUCUUUCGCCGAGGGGUAACCUUCUUUUGAGCGUCGAUGAAAAUGGCCGCGCCAUUUUGACCAACUUCCAACGGCGCAUCGCCAUUCACCAUUUCUCCUUUAAGGGCCGAGUUUCUGCACUCAAGUUCUCUCCCUCCGGACGUCACUUCGCCGUUGGUGUGGGCAGACGCCUGCAAAUCUGGCAGACUCCUUCUACUCCCGGAACCGAGAACAAUGGCGAGAUUGAAUUCGCCCCUUUCGUUCUGCACCGAGACCUCGCCGCCCACUUCGACGACAUCCAGAAUGUAGAGUGGUCCAGUGAUUCGCGCUUCUUGCUCACUGCUGCCAAGGAUUUGACCGCGCGAGUAUGGAGUAUGGACCCGGAGGAAGGAUUCGAGCCUACUACCCUGGCAGGACACAGACAGGGUGUGGUGGCUGCCUAUUUCAAUGCUUCCCAGGAAUCUAUCUACACUGUCAGUCAAGAUGGUGCGUUAUUCCGCUGGGAAUAUGUGUCGAAAAAGGACGAGGAAACAAUGGAGGACAUUUCCGAGGCCCGGUGGAGAAUUGUCAAGAAGGAUUUCUUCAUGCAGAACGAUGCCAAGGUCAACUGUGCUGCAUUCCACGCCCAAACCAACCUUCUAGUUGUGGGCUUCUCUAAUGGCUUGUUUGGACUUUAUGAUCUGCCCGAGUUCAACAUGAUUCACCUCCUAAGUGUCUCCCAAAGCAAUAUUGACGUUGUGACCAUCAACAAGUCGGGCGAGUGGCUCGCAUUCGGAUCUUCCAAGCACGGUCAACUACUAGUGUGGGAGUGGCAGUCCGAGUCCUACAUUCUCAAGCAACAAGGGCACCUCGAUUCUAUGAAUGCCCUCGCAUACUCGCCAGACGGCACGAAAAUUGUUACGACUGCAGAUGACGGUAAAAUUAAGGUGUGGGAUGUCAAGUCAGGCUUCUGCAUUGUCACAUUUACAGAACAUACCAGUGGAGUGACGGCCUGCCAAUUCGCGAAGAAGGGAAGUGUUUUGUUCACGGCUUCAUUGGAUGGUUCCAUCCGCGCAUGGGAUCUUAUCCGUUACCGUAAUUUCCGAACCUUCACCGCUCCAUCCCGGCUCUCAUUCGGCUCGCUCGCCGUGGACCCCAGUGGUGAAGUGGUUUGUGCCGGUUCUCCAGACUCGUUCGAUAUCCACGUAUGGUCUGUGCAGACCGGUCAAUUGCUUGACCAGCUCUCCGGUCACGAGGGCCCUGUUUCCACCCUUGCUUUCGCUUCCGAUGGCAAUCACCUUGUCAGUGGAAGUUGGGAUCACACAGUCCGUAUCUGGAGCAUCUUCGGACGCUCCCAAACUAGUGAGCCUCUCCAGCUCAUGUCCGACAUUCUCAGUGUGGCUUUCCGCCCAGACGGAAAACAAGUUGCAGCAUCUACUCUAGACGGCCAGCUUUCUUUCUGGUCCGUUGAAGAUGCCGUUCAGCAAGGUGGAGUUGAUGGUCGUCGUGACGUCUCUGGAGGCCGAAAAAUUGCGGACCGUCGCACUGCUGCCAAUGCCGCAGGCACCAAAUCCUUCAACAGAAUCACCUACAGCGCAGACGGUAGCUGCGUUCUGGCUGGUGGUAACAGCAAGUACAUCUGCUUGUAUGAUGUCGGCACAGGGUCAUUGAUUAAAAAGUUCACUGUCUCCGUCAACACCUCUCUUGAUGGAACCCAGGAAUUCCUAAACAGUCGUGACAUGACUGAGGCUGGUCCCCGUGCUCUUAUUGAUGAAACCGGUGAAGCCUCUGAUCACGAAGAACGCGUAGACCGCACCCUUCCCGGUGCAAAGCGCGGAGAUGCUGGUGCACGAACCACCCGCCCCGAAGUGCGGGUGACAUCUGUUGACUUUGCGCCGACUGGACGGUCAUUCUGCGCAGCUUCCACCGAAGGCUUACUCGUCUACAGUCUAGACACUGACUUUAUCUUUGAUCCUUUUGAUUUGGAUAUCACUAUCACACCGUCCAGCAUCAUUGCCACGCUAGACGCUGCUAAGGAGGCGGCUGCUUCUGAGACCGUCGACGAGGACAACACUUUCUUGAAGGCUCUUAUCAUGGCUUUCCGAUUGAACGAACAAAAGCUUCUUCGUGCUGUCUACGAAUCAAUCCCUCCGUCGGAUAUUCCCCAUGUGGUUCGAUCCGUGCCCUCCGUUUACCUACCUCGUCUGCUCCGAUUUGUUGCACAUGCCGCCGAAGAGACCCCCCAUUUGGAGUUCAAUCUCAUGUGGAUUGAGUCCAUGUUCAGCAGCCACGGUCGCUACCUCAAGGACAACACAGGUGUAUUCGCACCUGAACUUCGCGCUGUCCAGCGUGCUGUCGACGAUAUUCGCGAGAACCUGAAGCGUCUGACCGAAAAGAACCUCUAUGAUCUCAACUACCUGCUCUCAAAGCCUGUUCUUGAAUCUAAGAAGACCAGCAGUGCUCUUUUGGCCAUGGACACUGCCGAAACUGACGGUGCUGAUGAUCAGAUGGUCGACGCUGACGAUGACGAGGGCCGCAUCGUCCCCCGAGUCAUCGACGAACUGCGCGGCGCAUUUGACACAGUACUGCCCGACUGCGAAGGUACAAGAUACAGCACGGCAACUCAUGAUAAAAUAAGAGAAGAACAUACUAACCACCAUCCCAAAUCAGACACAUGGUUCCAAAUCAAUCCAAACGAACUCUUCACUCGCCUAAUCGCCCUAGCCACAUCACGCGUGAUGGCCGGCGAAGUCCUUCGCCGCAACGAAGAAUGGCUCAACCUCGCAAGCAGCUAUCCAAGAAACGUCGGCCUCACUGUGAUCCUCCUGCGCCCCUUCCCAGCCUGGAUCCGACCCUUAAUAGCGUUCUUCCUACCACCCGUCCAGCAAAUGAAAAAGCAACUCCGCUUCGCGAAGGAUCUCUUCGUCCCCAUGGUGAACGAGCGCAAACAGGCCGCAAAUGAUCCGGCCUACACGAGCCCGGAUGACUUUUUGCAGUGGGUUCUUGAUCUAUGUGAUGAGAAGGGCGAGACGCUUGAUCCAGAACUUGUGGCGCAUCAUAUGCUUCUCCUGGUUACGCUUGCUGUUGUUCAUACUAGCUCGAUGGCAUUGUAUCAUGUUCUUCAUGAUUUGAUUGGUAUGCCGGAGUACUUGGAGCCGUUGCGUGAGGAGAUGAAGAGGACUCUACCGGAUGGUUGGUACAAGGGGACUAAGGCUGCACUGUCGGAACAGCAUCGGUUGGAUAGCUUUAUGCGGGAGUCGCAGCGGUUCAGUCCGCCUGGUGAAUUGUCCGUCCACCGCAUCAUCCAAGAAGAAAUCACCCUCCACGAUGGCCUCGUGCUCCCCGUUGGAAUGCAUGUCUGCUUUGCUGCUGGCCCGAUCAGCAAGGACGUAAAUUUCCUCCCAGACCCAGAAACUUUUGAUGGAUUCCGAUGGUGCCGAGAGCCCCAGGACCGUUACGCCUUGUCUCCUGAGUUUGCUACGUCUGCUACCAUUCCGAAUGGGCACGCGAAGAAGAAUGGAUCCGCAGAGAAUACUAUGGCUACACCUGCCAGCUUCGUUACGAUCAGUCCAACAAACAUGCAUUUCGGAUUCGGAAUCCAGGCUUGCCCCGGCCGAUUCUUCGCGGCGAAUACCUUGAAGGCUAUUCUGAGUCGUAUCAUCCUUGACUAUGAUUUUAAGGUUGUUGGCGAUGGGCGACCUGCUAACAUUCGUGUUGGGGAGCAUAUUUUGCCGAGUGUCAAUUCGCAGGUGUUGUUUCGGAAGAGGGCUAUUGGAAUUUGA